AUGGUCGGCUCGGUGAUCCAGCUGAAAUGCAAGUGCAACAACUACCCCUGGGGCAAGAAAGGCCACGAGUCACUAGCCGCCCGGCUGUGCUCGAAGUCAAAUCCCGACUUCCACAUCGAUGACUCGAUGGAAUAUGCUGAGAUGUGGAUGGGCACGUACCCCGAGCUGCCAUCCUACUCGCUCGAAACGGGUGAGGAUUUGCGGGAGAUAUUGAAACACUACAAGGAGAAACUGGUCGGCAAGGGAGCGCUCCCACUACAGAUCCACCCUGACAAGAAUCUGUCGGAGAAACUGCACCAGGAACACCCAGACCAGUUCACGGAUCCCAACCACAAGCCCGAGAUUGCAGUUGCUCUAUCCAGAUUCGAGGCCUUUGUGGGGUUCAAACCCCUUGGAGACAUCCAGGAGCUGAUAAAGUUGGAAAUUCUCCUCCCGUUCCUGCCGACCACUUCCGAGGGCCUGACGCGGAGUGAUGACGAGACCCUGAGACAGAUUUGUACGAAUAUGCUUAAGGCUGAGGAGGGCCUUGUCGCGAAGACGAUGAAGGGCCUGUUGGCAACGCCGCCGCAGCAAUUCGGGCAACAGGCGUAUGUGCUCGAAUUGGCCAAGAGAUUGCAGGAACAGUACGGCAAACAGGACAAUGGAAACCUUGUGGCAUUGGUGUGUAUGAAUUUCUUGGUGUUGGAGGCAGGAUCGGCAAUAUACAUUCCUGCAGAUGGCAUUCAUGCUUACCUCUCUGGCGACAUCGUCGAGUGCAUGGCGAGGUCGAACAAUGUCAUCAACGCGGGAUUCUGUCCGAGAGCGGACCGCGACUCGGUCGAUCUGUUCGCCAGCGACAAGGGUCAGAAUGGCAAGACGGACGAGUUCAAGCCGCCGAUGAGCGAGUUCAAUUUGCUUGUGACUAAGCUCUCGGCAGGAGGGAAGGAAGAAGUUGGACGUAUCGCGGGACCCAGUAUCAUGGUUGUCACGAACGGACAUGGGAAAAUGAGUGUCGAUGGGCGGGAAUACGAGUUGCACGAAGGGAGCAUUUUUUUCGUUGGCAAUGGCGUCGAAGUCGAGAUGACAGCACGAGAGGAGUUGGUCGUGUAUCGGGCGUAUGAGGAUUGA